GAAAGCAGAGUUAACAGAGGAAGUUACGAAGCUUUUCAUUCGUUCGUUCUUGGUUCAUUCAUUUUCAUUCGGCACCAAAAGAGAUCAAGUUCUAGAAUCAACGAACUGCGAGAUUUAUGUUCUAAUUCUCUGCUUCCGUCCAACUAAACAGGUUAACAUUUUAGAGUAGCUGACUGAUCUGGCGUUGAUUGCUUCAGUUUUACUGACGAACAUGCGGAAUUGAAUACUUGAAUUCACUCUACAAAUUACCUACUACUUGUCCGGCAGAUAGAAUUCAAGAUCAGUUAGAAUCCACACAUGGAGAUCCGUUACAAUAACAUGAGCUAUCCCUACAGUACAGCAGGAAGCUUUAUUGAAUAUGUUGAAGGUCUCACAUACGAACAUGUUAACUUCAUUUUUUCUGGUGCCUCACAUGCUCAGGAGAGUUCAUACCCUUCAAGUUCGACUACAAGCUUUUACAAAUCUGGGCUGUCUGAACCGGGCAGUACCUCGUACUAUCAGGAUAGUAAUGGUUACGAGGUGAAUUAUCAUGAACAAUUGAUGGAUGAGUAUAGAAGGCACUCGGAAAAGUCUGCAACAAUCAAUGAACAAAUGGCAACAGUACGUAUAGAAAGGGAAGGAGUAAACAAUGUCACACUAGACAGUUCUACUGAAUGUCCGAGAAGGCAUCAUAAUGAUUUUAAUGACUAUGAGGUCAAUUGGGAAGACCAUAUUGAUCCUGACAACAUGACCUAUGAGGAACUACUUGAAUUAGGUGAGACAGUUGGAACUGAGUGUCGUGGUCUCACCCAAGAACAAAUUUCAUCGAUUCCAGUAUCGAAGUACGAGUGUGGACGCUUUUUCUUCUUUAGGAAGAAGUCACGGGAGGAGAGAUGCGUGAUUUGUCAGAUGGAAUAUAGAAGAGGGGACAAGAGGAUGACUUUACCAUGCAAACAUGCCUAUCAUGCUAGCUGUGGGAACAAAUGGCUUAGCAUCAAUAAGGCAAGUUGUUUAGGAAUGAGAUCUCGAAGAAUAGACUCCGAACUUCAGAAUCUAUCAAAGCAUUACUGAAAUGAAAAAUACAAAUGUUGAAAAUUUUAUAAAUAUAAGCAUUUUAACGAGAGAUCACGAGGCAUAUAAAGAUUAAUUUAGGUUUCCCACUGGCAAUUACUACUCCCAAAUUUUCUCUGUGAAAUGCAUAUUUUUUAGGAUUCACGUCAGUUGUUGAUUCCCAUUAAUUUAUAAUAACGAGUUCGUUAAAUACUUGUAGUGCUCAAUUUCGCAUAUGCUGAAAUGCCUCUUAUUUUCUGUGU